GCCAUCGUAGCAUGGAUGGGAAUAUCUAUCGCCUAGCUACCAUCGCAACCCGAUACAUUUUAGGAUUAUUGCAUUUGCAGCCGAACAAAUUUCACAUGUUUUGGCCAAAUAUUUGAGUUGGGUGCAUUAUCUGUGCAUUUAACAACGAUUCUCUAAUAUUUAGUGUUAACCCCACGAGAGCACUUAGGUGAACGUUUUAACGACUGUUUGCAGGCUAUCUGGCUAGCUGGCUAGCAAGUUUGCUUCCAUAAUCAAAAUGGCGGACAACGAAGAUGAGAGCAAUAAUGCGACUAUCACUGCUGUAGCAGAGGUUGAUCCUCUCAGUGGAAGUGAGUCGCAAGUGCACGUAUCGACCACAACUACGUUGCCCACUGAGGGUGAAAAUCGCGAGGAAACAUGUAGCGUUAAGGUGUGUACUGUAACUGCAACUGGUGAAGGGGGCGGUGAGCAAGGCCCUCUAGAGUUGGUACAUAGCGGUUCAGAACCUGAUGCCAAAAAUGUGGAUGGCUGCCAGGAGGUGAUCGGUCAGAUUUUGGGCAGUGAAGUUUUAACAUCUUAUGUUCAGACAUCCGAUAAUGUAGAGGGAGCCAUAACCGCUGAGUGUACAACUGUAAGCAGUGAGUUUUUAAACGCUCUUGCGCCUGCAACUACUAUUAUUUAUGUUCAACCCGACGGUAGUUUUGUUGAGAGUUCAGGGUUGUCAGCCGAAGAGCAGCAGCAGCUCAUUGAACAAUUAUCCAAACAGCAGUUAGUACAGGUCACAGGGAGUGAAGCAGCUCGCAUCUUCGAGCAGACCCAGACCGCCAAACCAUCUGCCACUCAGAACGUUAAACCUGGGACAAUAUCAUCCAUUGACAUGCAACAGGUUAUAGAUCAUGUGAAUAAAUCCCAAGUGAUCGCUCAGACAGAACCAGCCCGUUCUCACACAGCAGCCCCUAAAAUACUGCAAAGGACUGUCACGGCACAACCGACUUCAUAUAUAACGCUUGAGCCGGGAAACUUGAUUUCAUCGGGAGGACCGCUGACCACAACUAUACAGCCCCAGCCAUUUACUAUCGUUCAGAAUGCAUCCCAGCAGUUACAGAGUGUUGCCAAACAGGUAGCAUUGCAACAGUCGCAAAAUGGUGCCCAUCUGAUUCACCAAAAGCCUGCAGAACCUAUCCACAUUCAAGUACAGGCACCUCCAAAACAGGAAAUCAAGCAACGUCAGGCUGCUCCCAUUACAAUCUUACAGCCACAAAGCCUGCCAGUUAGCCAGUCUGUGGUGAAAGUCUCAACUGUGGGCACAGUUAGUACUCCUCAAAUUAUCCACAUCACCCCAGUGCCUGGACAGCAGCAGUAUUUCCUACAGAAUCCAGGAGAGCCUCCCAUUCAGCUUCUCCUUCAGAAGCCAGCUCCAGUCAUGAGCAGCAUUUCUGUCCCGAUUGUGCGUAAAGUUCAAGCACCUGCCACUGCGCCUAUCCCCAGUACUACCAAGAGCCCUGCAAUCAAGCCAGCUGCAGUCGCCACGCCUUCCACACUGAUCUUGGCUCCGACUCCCCCUACCAGUGUUUCGUCACCAACCACAAAGGUAUUGGCUCCGCCUGCCAAGGUCACUACAGUUGUCACCAAGGUGUCAACUCCAGCUAUUGAAAAGGAAAAGCCUAGGGUCAAGAAUCGUCAGAAGAAACCUCAGAAAAUUCAGACCCGCUCUGGCCGUGUGUCCCGGCCCCCUAAGCACAAGGUGAAAGACUACAAGUUUAUCAAGAAUGAAGACCUGGCUGAGAGCCACCAGUCAGAUUCUGAUGACUACUCUGAGAUUAGUGUGGAGGAUGAGGAGGGUGAUGAAAGCAAGAAGAAGGCAGAUGACCGUUUAAACCUCCGCAGUAAAGCCUUUAAAUGUGAUGCCUGUGAGAAAUCCUACAUAGGCCUAGCUGGUUUGAACAGACACUACAGAUUAAAUCCCACUCAUGACAGAAACCAGUCAUCUCCAGCAGAAAAUGACUCCAAGCCUACAGACGAACAGCCAGUGGCUGUGACCGAUGCCACCAAAACAAGCCUUGUGAAAACAUCCACCACUCAAAAAGUGCAAGCAGAUUCUACUAGACAGAUAGAACCACGCAGACCUGGACGGCCCAGGGGGUCUGGCAGACCCAGUCUUCCCAAAAGGCUCGGAAGGAAACCCAAACGAGGGCGUCGUGGCCGGCCCCCUAAACACCACGCAGCAGCGUUAGAAGUUACCGUGGAACAGCAGGCACAGAGACAGAGAGCCCGACUCACACAAUUUAUACAACAGUAUGAUGAUGAGGACCUGAUUGAGAUUGUUCUUCCUCGCCUGGCUAAGGUCAUGACUGUAUGGGAAUUUGUCCUGAUGAAGGUGGAAAAGGGCCACCCAUCAAAGCAGCAGUUUCCUAGUGUAUAUCGAGAAUUUGAGCAACUAUACAGCCAGGUGAAGAAGAUGGCACAAGAGCACUUUAGUAUUGCACCAGCUUCCCGAACAGCUAUAGAGGUCAACAACAUGGAAGCCUUCAAAUCGCUGGGUAUUACUGAUCCAUCUAGUGCACUGACACUCCUGACCUCCCCUCAGGGACAACAGGGUCUGAUGAGGCCAAAUCAAGCCACAAAGAACCUACGGAAUAUCGAGAAUACCAAAAUGCUGCCCCCAGCAAAGAGAUUCAAAAUGGAGAACUGUGGUGGAGAGAAAAAUGGUUCUCCAGUUAAUCAGAAUGGUAUUCAGAAGGAUGAAGCUAGCGAGGGCUCCACAUUGCUUCGGGAACCCCAGGUGGUCUUGACCCGUCUGGAGAACUUGGCCUCUGGAACGUUAGUUGAUGGUGAAGCCUCACCAAGCCCUGACACAGCCCAUGAAGGACAGCUAGAAGAAGAACCCAUGGACACAGGAGAUGCUCAUCUCAAUACUGUGGUUUCCAAACCUCAAGAAGACCCUGAAAGAGAGUUUUCUGACGUUCUCGCCAGUGAUGGGACUGUAGACAUCGCGGAUCAGGUGAAACAUCUAGAACAGGUGCUGAGCUCAGACACAGAAUAUAAAAGUGCCCCUCAGGAAAUUGUGGCACAGGACGUCAGCUGUGAUCCUCUGCAGGCUUGCUGUGUGGGUGAGGCAGGAACAACGGAAAAACCUGCAGCCAAUCAGUCAACACCGCCUGCCCAGGCUGAGGAAGACGCUCCAGUGCUCAUCCAGACAGCAGAGGGCCUUGUCAGGCAGAGUGCUGAGGAACUGGCCUCCAAGGGAAUUGUCAUUGUGAACGAGCCAGAUGGCACCACCAUGCAUAUUGAGGCACCAGAAGGGGUGCCUUUGGAGACUGUCCAUGCUCUACUUGGCAUUGAAACUGAGAGAAAUACUUGAGGGACUGCCAACAUGAGACCCUUCUAUAAUUUGUUGGCCACUCCAAACAAUCCGCAUUGUUUUUUUUCAAUGGACUUUUUAUUGUAAUUCUUUGUAAAUUUGUAAAAACAAAGUAUUAUCAUCAUUAUUAUAGCUUAGUGCAUUGUUUUGGUUUAGUCUUUGUUAAAGUAUGUAAGAUUUAGGAGAUUUGACACAUAGACCUGUUACCUUUACAUUUCGUUCUUUUAGCUGCCAAAACUCUUACCUUCUUUUUCCUGCCCUAGCUAUGAUGUUGUCUUGGUACAUGUACCUACUGUCCAUGAUGUAAUCCGGAACUAUGUAUAUUUCCACAGGGAGAAACAAAAUUCCAGUGUAGCAUGACGAAUUUGAACAGAAAAAUUAAUUAAGCAGUCAGCAAUUGCAAAAGAAUGAUUUAUGGAAAGUAAUUUGAUAAACUUCAUUUACAAUUUAUACUGUUCCUCAGGAGGAAGAAUAAGCAGGCUGACAUUAAACUAAGUUGGAUGAAACUACACAGAAUCAGACCAGAAAUUUGAAGGCAAAUGAAUAAGCAUGUCAUAAGUGUCUAAAAUCCCAGGUUACCUCUAUAUAAUUGUCUGUUUGUUACAUGUUCAAUAGUAGUUUGUCCAGUUGAAUGGUCGUUUAAAAAGCACUAUUUUAUUACUUUUUAUAUAAUCUUUGGGCAUACUGUUUUUUUCAGGCAUCUCAACAUUUGUAAUACCAAGGGAAUACAUGAACAGAUAACAUUAAAACAAUCUUUGCGAGUG